AGCGAGCAGAGCACAAGAAGUAGAGGUUGCUAACCGGAAACAAAACAAGUCGCCUUCUCUUCAGCCGUUUCGUUAAAUUGAGCAAGUUUAAAUUGUUUUAUUGUUUCAUGUCAGGUAGUAUUGGCCAUGUUGUUAUGCUGUCCGGAGACGAAGACACGUUAUGGGACUAUUUGGGAAGACGCCGACAGCGAAAACAGCAGAAAAGUCCUUUGUGUCUGCCUGCGGUUUAACUGUUACCACGUCAGAGUUAAUCCUGCAUGACAUGUUCCCAUUAUCCCGUUUAGCGCAUCAACUCUUCUCCGACAAAGGCAAUUGUGCGAUUGAAAGAAGUUUUAUCGAGUUUUGCCGAUGCGCAUCUAAAUAAGUGAAUGGAAACAAGAUUACUGCCAAGUGGCUGCUGUGUUGAUGGAUGCGGCUCAGGUGAUAGAUGACUCCAAAGGUUCCUCAGCAACUCUUCCCCCGUUUCCUCCUGGUGGAGACAUGCUGGACUUCCUGGUUCAGUCGGGUGAGAUCAGUGAACCUGACGGUGUGUUGGCCACCUGGUUUCACAGAGCCAAUAGCAAGGAGGAAAUGAACAAAGCUCUCACAAGUGAUGCUAUGAUCCUGGAGGCUGAUAUCACUCUGGAUGGUUAUGGGACACCCAGUGAGAAGCCAAUCCCUAUCAUGGCCCACCCUCCUGACAUCUAUAGUGACAACACUCUGGACCAAUGGCUGGAUGCUGUGCUGGCCUCUAGAAAAGGCAUGAAGUUGGAUUUUAAGUCUCUGGGAUCGGUGGGUUUGUCAUUGGACCUGCUUAGUCAAAAGAACAUUAGCAGAGGAAUAAACAGGCCUGUGUGGCUGAAUGCUGACAUCCUUAAAGGUCCCAACACACCAGACUUUGUGCCUCUAGUCAAUGGAACCAGAUUUCUGCAGUUGAUUCAGGAGAAGUUUCCAGAUGCCACUUUGUCCCCUGGAUGGAAGGUGGCCUAUGCUCCUCCAUUGUUCACUGCGACCUACACCAGGGCCAUGAUGGAAGACAUGUACGCUAUGGUCAAAGAUGUCCCCCAAAAGGUGACAUUCCCGGUCCAUGCCUUGUUGGUUCGCAGUGGCUGGCAGCACCUCAGCUGGCUCCUCAGCCAGUCACCACGGUUCAGCCUGACUUUGUGGCAGGGUUCUAUCCGCCCAAACGUCAGUGACCUGAUGUUCGUCCGUGAGAACAGCCACCCGACCAGAGUCUACUACGAUAUAUACGAACCAACGCUGUCUGAAUUCAAACAGGCUGCAAAGCAGCAGGGCCUCCUGAGGAGAUUCUAUCCUGGGGGAGACCUGAUGGAUUUCCUCUAUCCAGUUCACAACCCUGACUCCCUGUCCACAGCCACACAACGCAACAGCCUGGCAGUCCAUUGGUUUACAGUCACUGACCGAUCCUCCCUGUUGGCUCAGCUUUCAGAUGGUGAUGGCGGUAUGCUGGUGGUUCAGGUGACCGCUGACAGGAACCAGCCUGAAGUCCCUCUGCUCGAAGGUUCUGGGAAGAGCUCCGAGGCCCUCACACUGCAGGACAUCCUGCAGCUGCUCGGGCAGAGAGCUGAUGCACCCUGGGGUGUUCACCUGCGGCUCCGCACUCGGCAGCUUCUGGAAGCUUCUCUCAAACUGCUGCACUCCGCCUACAGCGAAGAGACGCUCUACAGGCCUGUCUGGAUCAGCAUGGAGGGUCUGCACAGCACCGACAGCACCACGGAGUUUGUAUCCACAGUAGAGCGGCUGUUCCCUUACGUCACCCUGGUCCUGACGGAGCAGAACUGGCCUCCUCGGAUCCCAGCGGCAGGCUUGUCUCAGAGGGUGGCGCUACAUCUGAACACAGCAUCGCUGCCGGAAGGACAGGAGGCGCGUAACUCUCUAAUGGCGCUGAUGGAUAGAUAUGACCUGAUAGUAGAGGAUACAAAAGGCAGUGCUGGAGCUUUCCAGGUCUUUAAAGGACUUGUGACCCAGCGUACAGGCAGAGCAAACACAAACCUGUAUGUGAUAUCUGAUCAAUCCUAACGGAGGAUGGAUUCGACCGACCCAGAAAUACGUCAAUUAUCACUUAAAAGGAUCUUUGUGUCAUACAGUUGCCUCUUAAAAUGACAGAUAUAUUGGAAGGCUAAUGUUAUCAAGCUGAUACUGGCUCAUUACUGAUCUAUCCAGUCCCUCCAGAAAAACGUGAUUAUGCAAUCGCAUAAUUCAAUGCAUAAUCAGCCAACGUCUGCACAUUUAUGCGGGGGGGCUUCAAAUACGCUGCACUUUCACCGCAUAAAUUGACGAUUUCUGUGCAAAAUAUGCGGGGCUUGCAUGAUUUCAUAAUCCCCGCAUUUUAGUUGCAAAAAAAGUCACAUAUAUCUUA